UUCACGAAAGAAACCGCGGUGUUUUCAUGCUGUUUGGGGUAGUUUUGGGGAUUUGUUGUAGUGUUGCUGUUUAAAAUAAAUGACUGAUUAUGUAUGUAGGCUAAUUAGAUCAUCUCCGAAGCUGUGGUAAAAGUGUCAUCAUGGCGUUUCCACAGCCGCGUCCUCAAGCGCCUCAGUUGCCGCAGCAUCUGUGGAGGACUGUAGACUGUCAGCAGGGCGCAGUGAGAGCAGUCCGAUUCAACGCCGAUGGCAAUUAUCUGCUAACUUGUGGAAGUGAUAAAUCUCUGAAACUAUGGAGUGUUAGUCGAGGGACUCUGCUGAAGACUUACACCGGUCACGGUUAUGAAGUACUUGAUGCGGAUGGUUCUUACGACAACAGUCAGCUGUGCUCCUGCAGCUCUGAUAAAACCGUUAUUCUGUGGGAUGUGGCGUCUGGACAGGUGACACGCAAACUUCGCGGACAUGCUGGGAAAGUGAACUGUGUGCAGUUUAACGAAGAGGCUACUGUGAUGCUGUCAGGCUCUAUUGAUGGGACGGUGCGUUGUUGGGACACAAGAUCCAGGCGGAUGGAGCCAAUCCAGAUUCUGGAUGAGGCACAGGAUGGUAUCAGCAGCCUAAAAGUGUCAGAACAUGAGCUUUUGACCGGGUCUGUGGAUGGAAGAGUGAGGCGAUAUGACCUAAGAAUGGGGCAGCUUCAAGUGGAUUUCAUUGGAAGUCCAAUCACUUGUGUGUGUUUCAGUAGGGACGGUCAGUGCACAUUAAGCUCCAGUUUGGACUCUACAGUGCGCCUGCUGGACAAAAGCACAGGAGAGAUGCUUGGAGAGUACUCUGGUCAUGUCAAUAAAGGCUAUAAGCUUGACUGCUGUCUGACUGAUAAAGACACGCAUGUUUUGAGCUGUUCAGAAGAUGGCCAUGUUUACUACUGGGAUCUGGUGGAGGGCUCCCUGACUUUAAAGCUGCCUGUUGGAAAAGCUGUCGUCCAAUCGCUGUCCUUCCACCCAACGGAGCCCCGCCUAUUAACUUCUAUGGAGGGGCGUGUCCAGGUAUGGGGGGCAGAGCCAGAGGAUGCAGCUGAAAAUGAGUCGUGAAUACCUGCGUAAAGAUUUGAACACCAAACUAAUGAGCAGGACUCAAUAUAAAAGCAUUCCUUUUUGAUCAGUUUACUCGUGCUAUACAUGUCCUCUGUGUUUAUAUAAAAAGUGAAUAAAUAUUUUUAAAAGAA